AUGAAAGUGAAGGCAUUAACUUCCUUCAAAUCCAAGAUUCUCAAACCAUGCAGAAGAUUACUCCCCGCUUUCAAAUUCAAACUCAAGAAACCUAUCUUUAUAAGAUCUCUUCAACUUCGUCCUCACAACAACAGCAAGAAGAUCACAAAGCCUACGAAAAAUCGAAUCACUUCAUUGUUUUCAGCUCUACGUUUUCGCAGGAAGACGAGCGAGAUGGACAGAUUAGUGCAGCUGAAGAGUUUCUCUGAGACAAGUGGCGGUGAAGGAAUGCUCUUUCCGUCGCCUCUAACGCCUGCUUACGUUAAGAUUAACAAGGCUGAUAAAAGGGAAGCUUAUUCGGGUCUUGAGGACGUGGAAGACGCCUGCAGGAGUUUUGAGAACUACUUGGUGGAGAUGAUCGUUGAAGAAGGGAAGUUAAGGGACUUAAUGGAUGUAGAAGAGCUUCUCUAUUAUUGGAAGAACCUAAAGUGUCCUGUUUUCAUUGAUUUGGUAAGUAGAUUCUAUGGUGAGCUGUGCAAGGACUUGUUUUCCACUGAGACAGAUGGAGUUGAUAGUCGCUAGUGAUUCUGCAAUUGAACCUUUUAGUUGCAAAGAACUUUGUAGCAAAAUCAGUGACUCAUUUCCUCAGCCUUUCCCGCAACUUUUCCUUUAAAUACUUUUGUGUAUUA